UACAAUGGUUUCUAGAGUUCUUUAGUAGUCUAUGGAUAAUGAAUGGUUCCGUGCCCUUGGCUUGCCCCCCGCGCGUGGGGUGGUGGGGUUUGCGGCCCGCCUGGUUUCAGGCCGGUGCCGCGACCUUGCCCACCAGAAACCUGCCCCGUUGCACGGUCCGCGGUGGCUCCCCCUCGGGAUCGUCGUCCCUGCCCUCCUCCUUGCGGCUCCUCUUGUGGUGGCGGACCGCCUCCGAGAGCAAGUGUCCGGCCGCCCUGGUGGUGUCCGCCAGCUUGUGUCCGGCCGCCUUGGUGGUCCCGGCCAUUUUCUCGGCCAUCCCGCGGGCGGCGAGGGCCAUCCCGUAGGCCCGCUCCGACCGGUAGUGCGCCGUUCGGCCGUCGGCCUCGACCACCGCGACGCGGCCGUCGACCCCGCUCACGAUCCGCGGGGCCUCGCUGCCGUCCCACUCGGGACCGGCCGGGUCCUUCGUGUGGGGAUUCUCCCUGCGGCGGUGGUCCUUGGGGUCGGAACCGACCCUGGACGCCUUUCGAAAGAACCGGAGGUUUUGGAUGCCGCUCUGCGGUACCUUGCCGCUGCCAUCGGUCCUUGAGGGCGAGCCCUGCUCGGUGGCCCGGACCGACGGAGUGCCUUCCGAGGAAAUCCAUUCGCUCCCUCCCAGGCAGGUGUUUUUGCUCAGAUCAAAUCCGUUGGAGGAAUCGUCGAUGUCGUCGUAUGCGCCCUCCGAAUCGCUUUCCGUGAUGCUUUUCAUCGGAACGAUGCAUUUCCUGGACCGUCGGAGGCUGUGCCUGCGUGUAGAGGAAGGAACCGGCACGGUUUCGGUCGUUUCCGGCUUGAUGUAGAUCUCGGUCGGCACGGGGUGGUGGUUUUGCUUUUGUACCGGCUGUGCCGCCCAGUCCGGGAGCCACCCCUUCCGGCCGUGGCACCUCCCCCACCUCCAGCCGUUCUGCGGGGGCCGGCUAAAGUCGACCUCCAGGGGGGUGUUGCGGUAGAAGGACAGCUGGCUCAGCAGGGCAUCGCCAAAGAAAUCCGCCGUGGCGACGCACGGAAGGCGUCUUGGAUCGUACUCCUUGAGCUGUUGUUGUUGGUUGGUGUUGGAGUUGGUAUUCAAAGUCAUG